AUGACGCACACCCCUCCAGCAGAACCCGAACCUAAUAUUUCCAGCGAAUUCCCCUUCGAGCUCCAUGUUAUCGAUGUAUUGGAUGGUAAAAUCGCAUAUAUCGACACCGGCAAUUCUUUAAACGAUGAUAUCGGUAUUACACAUAUCUUCAUCCACGGUAAUCCAACCUCAUCGUACAUCUGGCGCAAUAUCAUUCCUCAUGUUAUGCCCAAAGCUCGAUGUAUUACCCUCGAUUUAAUCGGUAUGGGUUCGUCGUCCAAGCCCAAUAUUUCAUAUCGCUUUCACGAGCACGCAGAAUACUUGGAUAAAUUCUUGGAGAAAGUCGUCCCUACUGGCAAAGUUAUUCUAGUAACACAUGAUUGGGGCUCAGCUUUAGGUUUUGAUUGGGCUUUCAACAAUGAACAUCGAAUUGCAGGACUCGUCUUUUUCGAGUUUGUGAGGCCAUUUCCAACAUGGGAGGAUGCAUCCCAAGGGGAUAUCCAACAAGCCUUUCGAUCCUUUAGAGUGGAGCAGACAGGAAGGAAACUCUUGAUUGAUGAGAAUGCAUUUAUCAACAAAGUAUUGGUUGAUGGAAUCGCCCGAUCUUUAUCUCCACUGUAUAGGUGGCCCAAUGAAGUCCCAAUUGAAGGAGUGCCGGUAGAUGUGAAUGAAAGGCUUACAAAAUCUCAUGAUUGGCUUCUGCAAGCAGACAUUCCAACUCUACUAUUUUGGGCUGAUCCUGGGUGGGUUAUCAGAGCAGAGAAAGCUCAGUGGUACCUGAAUACAUUGCGCAAUGCCAAAGGCAUCUUUGUUGGAAAAGGAUAUCACUUUUUACAGGAGGAUCAUCCACACCGUAUAGGGACGGAAAUACUAGAUUGGUCUCAAAACAUCUAG